AUGCAACCAGAUAGAUAUUCGAUUUGUACCGCGACUUUGGGAAUUAUAAUAUUGUUGCUGAUAUUUUUUGUUGAAAACGAAGAGACGGAUGAAAUCGAGAGUUUUUAUCACGAACCUUGGCGAGCUGGGAAGAAUAUUACGCCGAACGAUUUCAUUUUUGAGAAUGAAAUUUGCAACCCUAUCAGUAUCCCUCCAAAAUGGCGAUAUAACAAGCCCUGGAAGAUUGGUUUCCAGCAACAACCCGACUGUCCAAAAAACCUCAAACUCCUUAUCCUCGUUGAAUCAGCCCCGAAUCACUUUGAGCACAGAAAAGUUCUCCGCCAAUUUUUCCGAAAAAUGAGACGAUCUGACAUGGCAUUUUUCUUUAUUCUCGGAAGAAGCGAUGUCGAAAUUGUUGAUGAAAUCGAGGAUGAUAUUAUUGUUGGCGAUUUUGAUGAUAAAUAUAGCAAUUUGCCCUCAAAAACAAAAGUUGCUUACGAAUACUUUGCCGAUUGCGAGGAUCCGCCCGAGUUUAUGAUCAUGCAAGAUGAUGACACUGUAGCUGACGUCGAGCCGAUUCUCAAUAUCCUCUAUGCCAAUGAAGAGACCAAAUCCCGAUCAGUCUAUGGCGUUCUUCACACAAAAGUGCCUAGGAUGAAUUCUUGGAUGCGAGGAAAAAACAUGUGGGUUGGAACAGCAUCCUGGCCCUACCAAAACUGGCCUGACUACAUUUCCGGGCCAUGUACAUUUAUGGACAAAGAAGCUGCUUUGGCGAUCGCAGAUGCAGCCACAACGGCGCUAGAAAUCUUCAGCAUUCCAAUCGAAGACGCAUUAUUUACUGGCAUUUUGAGGGUCAAAGGAUGUGUUGACAUAAGAGGUGGCGCUCCCCAAUGUCACCAUCUCGUCGGAAAUGUCGACAAGCUGAAAACACUCACCGGUUAUGAUGAAAACUGGGUGCCAAAAAGAUAG